AUGCCCGACAAACCGGCAACCGUUGCAGCCUAUGCUGCUGGCGCCUCCCUAGCCGCUAUCACCCUCUUCUACGUCUUCGGCCCCAAUUUCACGAUCGACGGCGAGGAAUCGAAUGACAGCGACAGGAGAAAAGGGAUUGUUGGCCUGUUGAACCCGUCCAAUGACUGCUUUAUCAACUCCAUCCUUCAAGCCCUAGCUGGCCUAGGCGACCUCCGCUUAUACCUGAUCCGAGAACUACAUCGACGCCAGCUGGAGGGGCCGGAAAUACACAAUGUCUUACCGGAUGCCGAAAGCGUUCCACGUGGAGAAACGCCUGAGAUGGUUCGCGACUUGCAGCAAGCACCCGUUACCAGAGCCUUGAAGGAGAUGCUCGACAGCUUGAAUGAGCGGCCGAUAUACAGGAAGACAAUAUCAGCGCGUGGGUUUAUUGUGGCUCUGGAGACGGCGUUUCAGACGCGAAUCAGUCGGAAUCAGCAGGAUGCCCAGGAAUUUUUGCAAAUUAUUGCAGAACGGCUCUGUGACGAAUACCACGCCGGUCUUAAGGCAAGGAAAAGGGCAGUCAAGCGCUCCCUCAAUGGUAAUGCUGAUGACUCGAUGUUGGAUGUGAAGUCUGCAAAUGGAUACAGUGCUGGAAACAGUGACUCAGAAUUAGACGACGGAUCGCCGUCCGCCGAUGCGACAGUGGAGACUUUAGAUACUGAGUUUCCUUUCCCUUUCGAAGGGAAGAUGGAGUCUCAAAUAGAAUGUCAAUCGUGUCACUAUAAGUACAAACCAAACCAGACAUCAUUCGUCAACCUUACACUCCAAGUGCCCCAGCAAAGCUCUGCUACGUUAAGUUCGUGCUUCGACGGCCUGCUCAAGACGGAAUAUAUAGAUGAUUUCCGUUGCGACAACUGCGUGCUUCUUCACGCACAUCAGAUGAAGACAGCAGAAAUGAAGAAUGCGACCUCGGAGCGGGAAAUCAAGCGGCUAAACCGCGACAUAUCGCUCAUAAAAGAAGCGCUUGAGAUUGACCCAGAAACCAUCCCCAAGGGCAUCAGUAUGCCAAAUGUUGAAAACGUCCCGAAACGCAAGAUUGCCCGACACAUGCGAAUCACAUCCUUCCCCAAAAUAAUCGCCAUACAUCUGUCCCGUUCGAUCUACGGUCAGAACAGCUCUACAAAGAAUGCCGCCAAGGUGUCGUUUCCCGAACGAAUGCCCAUCGGCGGCAUCCUCGACCAGAAAUGGUACAAGCUGCUGGGGAUAGUCUGUCACAAAGGCAGCCAUCAUAGCGGUCAUUACGAAUCCUUUCGGCGUAACCAUCUCUACGCCCCGUUCUCCACCCCAGACGCUUUCCGCUCUUACUCGCAAAGUCGCUCAACAAGCAGAAACCCAUCCACUGCCCCGAGUCCCAAAAUUAUCCCCAAACAAAAGACUCCUGCCGGCCAGGAUUUCGAUGCUAGCCCUAUCACCGUAUGUGAUGACACCACGUCUCCAUUAACGUCCAGUACUUCCCUCUCUGCCCCUGCCGCCCCCCUUACCAGUACAAACGGAGGAACGCCCCUCCCUCUCUCUCCGGCCUCGCAACAAUCAACUACACUCCUACAUCAAGAACCACCUCAACAAAAGAACAAUGACUCCGUCUCAUCAUUUGCUACGCCGCGACUCACCCUAUCUCCAUCAUCAGAUGCUGAUAUAUCGGCCUCCUCUAGUCUAAGGCACCAGUCGAGCACGAAGGCAACAACAAAAACGGUGGUGCCGGGUGCUGGACUCCAGUCCCGCAUCCGGCGGAAGAAAAGGGCGAAUGACCGCUGGUGGCGGAUCAGCGAUGAUAAAGUUAAAGAAUGCAAAACUAGCGAUGUGUUGGGGAUGCAGAGAGAGGUGUAUUUGCUUUUCUACGAAAUGGAAAGGCCGGGUGAUGAUGAGCAAGAUUAA